AUGGGGCUGUCACCCGCCGGCAACGGGCACCACCGACGGCGGAGCUCGGUGCUCACGGGCGCAAGUCGUUCAAUGCAGCCGGGCUCCUCGGAACGGAGGGAUGAUAGUCUGCGACCCCAUGGAGAAGGAGGUCCAACCAAAUGGGACGAACAGGAGCCCUUGACAGCCGAGGAUACCGAUUCCUCAGAAUUAUCGUCCUCGGCCCUGGAACAGCGGGAGUUGGAAGUGAUGAGUUCGGACGAUGACCAAUAUGACGAGGAGACGGGUCUCACAGCAAACCAGAAACGCCAGCGGCGACGACGGCGUCGGCAACGUCGCAAGUUGGAUGCUCGUAUCGCCGACGUCAAGUUCUCUCGAUUUGGUCUGCCCUCACUAGGGUUGGCCGAUCGCAAUUUUGCUCGCAAGCUACUUGCGAAUGCUGGAUUGAUCUUGAUGUGGUACUUCUUCUCCUUGUCCAUCUCUAUCUACAACAAAUGGAUGUUCUCCGAAAACGAUAUCGUCUUCCCCUUUCCUCUCUUCACUACCAGCUUGCACAUGGCUGUCCAAUUCACCCUCGCCUCUCUUUUGCUAUGGAUAUUUCCUUCUCUGCGUCCUCAACAUCCCCCGGGGUCACCCUCUGCAUCGCCCGUGGAAGGCUCCAAAGAGUCUGAACCGGUGCUCACCAAAUCCUUCUACCUCACACGCCUCGUUCCUUGCGGUGCGGCGACAUCGCUCGAUAUCGGCCUUGGCAACACCUCCCUCAAGUUCAUCUCUCUCACAUUUCUCACCAUGUGCAAAUCGUCUGCACUCGCCUUCGUUCUUCUCUUUGCUUUCCUUUUCCGCCUGGAAUCUCCUUCUGUCAAGUUGAUUCUGAUCAUCGCUACAAUGACGAUUGGUGUGGUGAUGAUGGUCGCAGGCGAGGCCGCUUUCAAUGCGCUUGGAUUCAGUCUCGUCAUUGCUUCCGCUUUCUUUUCAGGUUUCCGAUGGGGACUGACACAGAUUCUCCUGCUCCGCCAUCCGGCCACCUCAAAUCCCUUCUCGACUCUCUUUCUCCUUACGCCCGUCAUGUUCUUUUCUCUUCUCGCCAUCUCGCUCGCGGUCGAGGGCCCUAACGAUAUUCAUUACGGUUUCCUCGCCCUCGCCGAGCAACGGGGAACUUUGUUCGGCUCGUGCCUGUUGAUAUUCCCCGGUGUUCUCGCCUUUUGCAUGAUCUCAUCUGAAUUCGCUUUGCUGAAACGAUCUUCCGUCGUCACUCUCAGCAUUUGUGGAAUCUUUAAAGAAGUCGUCACAAUCAGUGCUGCGGGUGUAAUCUUCCAUGAUAAGCUCACAGUCGUUAAUAUAACCGGCUUGGUUGUGACCAUUGGAAGCAUUGGGUGCUAUAAUUACAUGAAGAUCUCCAAGAUGCGCAGCGAAGUAGAGGAUGACGACUGGCACCGCGACGGAACACCAGACUCGGACUCUGAAGAUGCCAGCGGUGGCGAGUUUGGAGACUACCAUCCUGUCACCGAUUCUGAAUCGGGCACGUCUCCUGCAGCGCACUACGACGAUGAUCUGCAAGCCUCUUCAGCAGGGGACCAGCGACGCUCAUUCCGUGUCCGGGCAAGCGGUCACAACCUGUCAAUCUCCACGACCAUCCCAGAGGACGAUUCUAUCGAAACACCUAUCAAAUCCGCUCCUCCCACGAUAACCACCAUGGCCGAGGCGGGACUUUCCUCGCACCUCCAAGCAUCCGAUCGGGAAGAUUCACCAGGUGUUCACUCCAGCUCCUCUGUCUCACCGAUUAUGAGCCAACCCCCCGCCCACCCUUAG